ACAGACAGACAUGGCCCAAGCGAACAUCUCGGUGACGGAGAGCCAGUUCAGGUGUCCCAUCUGCCUGGACAUCCUCAAGGACCCGGUGUCCAUCCCCUGCGGUCACACGUACUGCAUGGCGUGCAUCAACAACUACUGGGACCAGGCGGAGUCGAGCCAGUUCAGCUGCCCUCAGUGCCGGGAGGCGUUCAGCCCGCGGCCGGUGCUGCGGAGGAACACGGUGCUCGCCGAGGUCGUCGAGAAGCUCAAGCUGAGCGAGGUGCCCGCGGCGCCGGAGCUCUACCUGGUGGGUGUCGGGCAGGUGCCGUGCGACUUCUGCCCCGCGGAGGGGAGGCUGAGGGCGAUGAAGUCGUGCCUGGUUUGCCUGGCGUCCUUCUGCGAGCUCCACGUUCUGCCACACCGGGAGGUCGGCACGCUGAGGCGGCACAAGAUGGUGGCUGCGGUGGAGUGUCCGGCGGAGCGGCUGUGCGCUCAGCACCGGCUCGGUCUGGAGCCCGCGGGCACCGGCUCCGAGGCGGAGGCCACGGGGGACUGGACCGGGGACUGUUUGCUGUGCGAGGCCGACCAGGAGGAGGUGCACAGCGUGGACGCCCAGAGAGCCAGAAGACAGCUGCAGCUCCAGGAGUCUCAGAGGAUGAUGCAGGGGAGGAUUCGUAUCGGAGAAAGGGAGAUAGAGGAGUUUCAGCAGAGCUUGGAGUCCCUCAAGGUGUCUGCGUCGGCUGUUCUGGAGGACAGCGAGGCUCUGUUUGCCGACAUGGCGCUCCGCUUGGAGAAAUCCAAAGCAGAGGUCCGAGCGAGGCUGGAGGCGAAGGAGCGAGCAUUGGUGGGUCGGGCCGAGCGUGACCUCGAGAUGCUGGAGAAGGACGUGGAGGAGCUGAGGAGGAGAGAUGAGGAGAUCGGUCAGCUGCUGCAAACGGAGGACAACUCACACUUUAUACAGGUAGCUCCACUGCUGUGUGUCCCUCUUACUGCUGGCCGCCACUCCAGAGCGCUCAGCCUGCCCACAGAGGCCUUCAGCGGAGCCAGGAGAGCGCUGUGUCACUUCCGCAGCCGGAUAGAGGAAGUCUGCAGGGAGGAGGUCGACAAAGUCAGUCGCGCAGUCAAUGAGAAUUACGUGUCUGUUGGAGAUUGUGUAAAAGGUGGUAGAAAUCUGUGUGUGGAGAACACCAAACCUCAGCAAAUGCAGCCGACUGCAGGUCAACAUGGUACCACUGUGGCAGUGCCGGUGUCAUUCCCUAUGUCCCCUUUGUCUCUGCAGCCGGCUGAUCAGAGGAUGAGGGCAUCUUUCCUUAGGUUUUCAUGUCAUCUGUCCUUGGACCCCAAUACGGCCCACCCUACUCUGAGUCUGUUGGAGGGGCCCCAUGGUGCCCACUGUGGCGAGGAGCCCCAGUCCUACCCCCCUCACCCACAGCGCUUUGAUUCAGUGGCUCAGGUUCUGUGUCGGGAAGGCCAGUUUGCUGGUGCCAGCUACUGGGAGGUGGAGUGGAGGGGCGGAGGAUGGAUCGACAUCGGCGUCACAUAUCGGGGUAUCGGACGCAAAGGCGGCGGAAAACCCUGCCUGCUUGGGCGCAAUGAGAACUCCUGGCGGCUGCGGUGUACGCAUGCGGGAUACGCCGCCUGGCACGACAACCGUAAGACCACUGUGGCUGCGCCGCCCUGCCCCAGGAUCGGUGUCUUCCUGGAGCGCCAGAAAGGAGUGUUAUCCUUCUUCAGCAUGUCGGACACAGUGGUGCUCCUACACACAUUUCACUGCCUGUUCUCACAGCCGCUGUACCCGGCCUUCCGCCUGGACCUGGACUCCACGCUGCUCAUCUGCCCACAAGGUGGAGGCAAUGGAAACCCAACUUAACCCUGCCCUUUCUCCGUAUCUGGGACCCUUUACUUGAACCUGCUGUCACUGAAAUCCUUUAGUUCAAGCCUGUGUUUAUUAGCUCGAUAGCUACAGUGUUUUAGUCUGUGACGUGGGUCUCUCAGUCUCAGGGUCUUGACACUAAAGCUGCACUCGCACAUACGUGGUGGAGUCCUCAAAACACUGCUAAUUACCUUUAAAUGGGGCUGUGUCACUGUGUUGCCGUGGUGCAUCAUGCAUUCACUUCACUAAUUCCCUUUGCUGCUAAAGUUAAGAAACCUUUAGUUUUGCAUGCAGCAGUGCAAGGCUAAUCAAAUCGAUGUUAUGCAAAUAUCCCGGCACGGCCGCUUCAAUCUGUUUUGCGUUUUUACGCCCAAAAGGAGCUCUCAAACAGGACUGUUCUCCCCCGUUGUCGGGUGUUUUUGUCGGAUAGUUCAACCAACUGUGGAUGUUGUCGCUGUCCCUUUAGCAACAUUAGCAUGUCUUGCUUCACUGAAACUGUUCUGCUAACGCUGCGAACAGCCGCCUGCGGCACCAGGUGUCAGACGAGCUUACCUCAAGCAUUAAAGUGAAGAGGCACUCUGUGUCUUGUGACAACAUUCCAAAAACCAUGGAAUCUGGAAUCACGGUGUCUCAAUGUAGAGGGCUUCCUUCAGGGGCUGAACUGAAAUGAGAGGAUCUGUGGGGGGUAACUAUUUAAAAUCUCCAGCACUCAAUGAAUCCUGGGACCCAUUUGGCUGGGAAUGGAUGGGACACAUUUUAUCAGCCACAUUUGAAGUAGCCUGUGAAAUGGAAUGGCUGAGUUGUGGCGUUAUGGUACAGUUAGCCUUCAAAUGUAGACUCUGAAGGAUGCAGCCUAUGACUUACUCAUCAUCAUCUUGAAAUGCCCAGGCAUUACUAACCAUUAUAUUUUACAAAGGGUCCAUGCUACUCACGAAUCCCGGUAAUCAACAAAAAGGCAACAUGACAGAAUUCUGAACCUGAAACAACUAAAUAGAAUUCAACCUAUUCACUAAUGUGCUUUUCCAACUAUCUGUCAUCUGUGGAAUAAUGUAUUCACCGCUUACAUUGUCUUUGUGGUUUUUUUAGCUAUUUAAAUAUUUAGCACCUGUGAUUACUUGGAUACCAACAGCAAAGAUAUUUGACACGAGAAACCUCCAUCAGUUUGUUAUAUAGAAAAUUUAGUGUACAGUGACUAAAGCGAUAGAUUUACACUUAAUUGAAAUGCCAUAUUUUAGUUGUUGUUGCUUUGGAUCAUGUCUGUUGUGGUUUCCUGUUACUUGAGAGAGUUUUCAGGUACGACCUUUCACAGGUUUGUCUUUAAUAAUCUCCAAAAAUUAAGUUCACCAUGUUUGAGAUGUGCUUGAACAACUUAUGUCUGUGUGAAAAACUGUUUACAGAACUACCGAAACUGUUCGAUAAUUUGUGUCCAGACAUUUUCGGUGAAUUUUUUGGAGAUUUCUGUUGUAUUCUACGUGGUCUCACUCACUGACAUAAUUUUAGGGUUAAAAAGACAACGUUUGCUUUCUCACACACAGCUAAUGCAAACAUUCGAUUAGCUUAGCCUAGCGGAGACUGUUUGUAGAAUGAAAUAGUUAGUGUAGCAGUGUCCGUCCAACAACAACAACAACAACAACAGAAUCCCAUUAAGUAAAGGCGCAACGUGUUUUUACCCUUUUUACGUUCAAUAAUAGUCCGUUUUUAGCUGUUAACUGUUUUAGCUCAGGUUUCUGUUGCCUCUGGACAGAGCCAAGUUCCUUCUGUAUGCUAAGCUAAGUUAGCUUUGGCAUCAUAUUUUAUAUACAGUCAUGAAAAUUGAGAAAUACAGAGUAGAUCUUAUUAUUUAUCUUUCAGAAAAUUAUUUAAAUAUAACAUUGUGCACAUUUUUUUUCUUCUUAAAGGCUCAUGAUAUUUUCGAUUAUUGCCACUACAAUUUGUUGCCGCUACAAAUCCAGUCCAGUCUAAUUGAGCCUUGUGUUUAAUUUUAAAUUUAAAAACACACACUUUACAUGUGAGAACACAUAAUAGAAAAACAACUUGAACAUUUCCACUUCCUGUUUGACUGUUUAUGGGUUUAUGACAUCAUCUUCACCAUGAAGCCAUUUUUGAAUGGUGGGGCUCCAGAGGAAUUGCAAUAUUUUGACGAAGCACUGUGUGAGUUUUUCUUUCUGUCAGGGAUAGAAAAUACAAAAUAAUAGAAUAGAAUAGAAUGUCUUUCUAUUCUAUUCUAUUCUAAUCUAAUCUGUGCCCUUUCCUUUACUACAUUCAAGGGCAUGUGUGUUCAAAAGACUUCAAUAAUAUACAGGAAACCCCCUGUAUUUAGCAGGCCCAGAAAAAAGUCAUCUUAUUAUAUUAGGCAGAUCAAUCUUUUUUUUUUCUGCCAUCAAGUGCUUUAUUCCGCAAGCUGAAUGUCUAUAAUUGAAUCCAGUAGCAUUUUCACUGUGCUAUUGAUUUUGUAAUAUGAAAUAUGUCAAAUAUGUUGAGUUGGCAAUAAAAUGAACCAGGUCUGAA